AUUAAUUUUGGGACAGUGGCAGUAUUUAGCAGUGUGAGAAAGAAAGAAAGAGAAAGAGAAUAUAGAAAUAUAUAAGAAAACGAAAAGAGAAGAGAGCUCAAUCCCUUAAGCCGUCUUUUCGUUGUCUUUAAGAAAAGGAAACAAAUUUUGGAAUAGAAAGUGAGGGAAAUUUGGCUUCAAACAUGUGUUUUUUCAGCUGGGUUUCAACUUAAUCUGCUUAUUAUUCUCUCCUUGAUGUGGGUUUUUCGUUUCUUCAUCUUUACUCUGACAUAAAGAUAGAGUCUUUCAACCAAGAAAGCAUUUUUAUUUCAUCAGGCUAUAACUGCCGAUGGAAAUUUGGUUUGUUUAGAUGGUUUGUUCAUGGCGUCCUGUUCUUUUUAUUAUUCUUGAUUAAUUUUAGAGAAACAGAUAUAGUUUCAAAGAAUGUUAUAAUGGAUCAAUCAAGAACAAAUAAGCAGUAUCAGUACAAUUCCAUUGAACCCGGAAAUGAGUCAUAUCAGUCCUCAUCUCAAUCAUUUAUGCCUGAAACUCAUGGCAGUAUACGCGGUAGUAUGAGAGUCCCAACACCGAAUACAGAAGUUAAACCCGGGCUUAAUUAUUCCUUACAGACGGGUGAGGAAUUUGCUCUGGAAUUUAUUCGUGAUCGAGUGAAUCAAUGGAAACCUUUGCUUCCGAAUACUGUUGGGGAUGUUUCGGGUUAUAUGGAACUCAAAGGGAUGUUAGGUAUCAGCCAUACGGGGUCUGAAAGUGGGUCAGAUAUUUCGAUGCUUAAUGCAACUGAAAAAGGCCCGACACAAUAUGAUCGAAAAAAUUCAUCAGCACAUGAAGAUAGGAGUAUUUAUGCGUCGACUCAGUCAGUACAACGGAUGUCAUCGGGCUAUGAGAGUAAUCGAGGAGUUAGUCAUGGCUAUGCUUCUUCUGGAGCCUCUGAUAGCUCUUCUUCGAAGAUGAAGGUUCUUUGUAGCUUUGGUGGUAAAGUUCUACCUCGGCCUAGUGAUGGGAAGCUUAGAUAUGUUGGUGGGGAAACACGCAUUGUCCGUAUCAGAAAAGAUAUUUCUUGGCAGGAACUAACUCAGAAAAUCUUUUCGAUUUAUAACCAAACUAGCAUCAUUAAGUAUCAGCUACCCGGGGAAGAUCUUGAUGCACUGGUUUCGGUGUCUUGUGAUGAGGAUCUGCAGAACAUGAUGGAGGAAUGCAGUGAUUUAGGAAGUAGAGAAGGUUCACAAAAGCUUAGAAUAUUUUUAUUCUCUAUGAAUGAUUUGGAAGAUGCUCAGUUUGGUAUCAAUAGCAUGGAUGGUGAUUCCGAGGUUCAGUAUGUAGUUGCUGUCAAUGGCAUGGACCUGAGUUCAAGAAAAAGCUCGAGUAUGCAUGGAUUUACAAGCUCAUCAACAAACAAUUUAGGUGCGUUAGAAAGACGAAGUGUUGAGAAAGAGAAGAACAUGGCAGCAGCAGUAGGCCCAGCUGGUGUGAGCAAUGUUGGUUUGAAUAACAAUUUUGUUUCAUCGUCGAUAAUCCAAUCUUCAGAACCAGUUAUACCGCCAGUUUCCUCAAAUGCUUACGAAAAUAACCCUCAUUUUUAUCAUGGCGAAAUGAUGCAUCAUGGAGAGAAUAUGAUUAAUCCAUUGUACAACAGCCAAGUUGCAUCUAGUUACGCCCCUUUUGUAGAAGUCCCUGCUUCGAUGCCUUUCUAUGGGAUGAUGGGUGGUCAACAAGGAUAUUCAACGGGACAGUUACUCGGUGGCUCUACAGUAGACAAUUUGGAGGUGCCUGUAACUCAUGCGAAUGUAAAAUCUGAUGUUUCGAUGCAACAGCAAAAUAGUAACUCUGAAUAUAUUCCAAAGGAAGAUGCAUCGCAUACAGUUACUUCAUUGGAAGAAGGUCAACGCUCGUUGUCUUCAAAAAACGUUGGAAGGUGCCAGGAACCUAACAAUAUUUCUCCUAUGAUUGAUUCAGGAAAUCUACCUCCGGUGCCUAAAUUCAACGAGGAUGAUCAUCAGUCUCAUGGUUAUGUUAGGUCUGAUUCGAGUGUAAGCGACCAGACCUACCACGAACCUCCAGCACUUCCUCAGAGAGUUUUCUAUUCGGAGAAAAUACCAAGGGAGCAGUUGGGGUUGCUGAGUAGAUUAUCAAAGUCGGAUGACUCGUAUGGUUCCCAAUUUGUCAUGCCUCAACAACAGUCUGAUACUACUACCCAGCAGAAUUCAAUUACGAAUGAUUCUGAAAAUUCGCAGAAAGAUGGAAAGCUACCUCCUCAGGCUGAAGUUUCCUUCUUAACAUCAACACCAUUGCCUGUGGAUACUCAUACUGUUGAUGAUGGACUUACCCAACUUGAACAGUAUAAAGAGUUUGCUGAUUCGGUUUGUCAAAUGAAUGCUGAGCUUUUGCAAAAUGUGGAUGGUGAGUCGACGAAGCAGGCAAUACCGAACAAUGUAGAAGAUGUUAAUGAGGACAACAUUGUCAAGUCUGACCAAGAAGCAGUUUCCUUGAGAAAUGAGCAGAAGAAACUCGUAACUGAUGAAACCCCACAACAAGCAACAUCUGCAUAUCCAGAUGGAAACCAGACACCUUCUGUGGAGCAACAUGUUGAUCCUUCAAACAAUCAUCCAGGGCAUGACUUUCAUGUGGCCACCGAAAAUUUUCCAUCUUCAACCGAAGUGCAGGGAGAUAUCCUUAUUGACAUUGAAGACCGAUUUCCUCGUGAUUUGCUUUCUGACAUUUUCUCCAAAGCAAUACUGUCUAAAGAUUCACCUGGUGUUGAUUUGAUGCACAACGACGGGCCUGGUGUUAGUUUGAACAUGGAAAAUCAUGAACCGAAGCGCUGGUCAUAUUUUCAGAAGUUGGCACAAGAAGGAUUUGAUCAGAAAGACUUUUCUCUUAUGGACCAGGAUCUUCAUUUUGCAUCUGCACUAAGAAAAGAUGAAGGAGAGCCUCCUAUGGUUGUAUCUGCUGAAGGAAUUUCACCGCACCGUGUUGCUCCACAACCAAAAUUUGGUGAAAUCAACCAUAACGAAUUAUCUGGACCAACUGAAGGCGAUUCAAGUCUGCAUCCAAAUUAUGAACACUCCCAAGCAAAGGACACCGAAAGCAUGCAAUUUGAUCGUAUGAUGGAAAACCUUAGAGUUCAGGAGUCGGGAUAUGAGGAUGGAAAUUUUCAGUCCAGGACAUCCGGUCUACCUCCGUUAGAUCCUUCCCUGGGCGAUCUGGAUAUUAGCACAUUGCAGGCCAUAAAGGAUGAAGAUCUUGAAGAGCUUAGGGAAUUGGGUUCAGGUACCUUUGGGACUGUGUAUCAUGGAAAAUGGAGGGGAACAGACGUUGCGAUUAAGAGAAUAAAGAAGAGUUGCUUUACCGGAAGAUCAUCAGAACAAGAGAGAUUGACUGUUGAAUUCUGGCGAGAAGCCGAUAUUCUUUCAAAGCUUCACCAUCCAAAUGUUGUAGCGUUUUAUGGUGUAGUGCAAGAUGGACCAGGGGCCACGUUAGCUACUGUAACCGAGUUCAUGGUUGAUGGUUCUCUAAGGCAUGUUUUACUUCGAAAAGAUAGGUAUCUUGAUCGCCGCAAGCGUCUUAUAAUCGCUAUGGAUGCAGCAUUUGGAAUGGAAUAUUUACACUCAAAGAAUAUUGUCCAUUUCGAUUUGAAGUGUGACAACUUGCUUGUGAACUUGAAAGAUCCUUUAAGGCCAAUUUGCAAGGUUGGUGAUUUUGGGCUUUCAAAAAUAAAACGAAAUACAUUGGUUUCUGGCGGUGUUCGUGGAACAUUACCAUGGAUGGCCCCAGAGUUGCUGAAUGGCAGCAGCAACAAGGUUUCUGAGAAGGUUGAUGUCUUUUCCUUUGGUAUUGUUUUGUGGGAGAUUCUCACCAGUGAGGAGCCCUAUGCCAACAUGCAUUAUGGUGCAAUUAUCGGUAUGUCUUUAUCUUUUUCUUUCCAUACACACAAGGUGCAUUGUUCUUCAUGGUUUUUAUCUAUUGAAUCAUUUGCGAAAAUUAUUGUUUACACACACACAGGAGGUAUAGUGAAUAAUACAUUGAGGCCGACGAUUCCAAGUUACUGUGAUGCGGAAUGGAGAACGCUGAUGGAGGAGUGCUGGGCACCUAAUCCUAUGGUGAGGCCAUCCUUCACAGAAAUCGCAUGUCGCUUACGCGAAAUGUCUACAGCUGCAGCUAGCCAAGCCAAAGCACAAGCUCAGAAGCCACCUAAAUAAGAGAGCUGAUUGAUGGUUGUUUGUUAUGUCUUGGUUUGAUGAUUACAAACAUGAUCAUUUUAUUCAUUCAAUUGUAUACAAAAAGAUGGUGAUGAUAUAUACUUGUUUAACAGGUCCCAAAUGUGGUUUGGUCUCUCUGAUUUGGUAGCAAUUUUGUUAAGUUGCCAACAGGAUGAUGACAUUGUUGGUGGUGGUGGAUGUUACUCUAUACUAUGUUUCUAUUGUUUGUAAUCUUUGAUUGUGAUUUUUUUUAUCUAUUAUACAAUUCUAAUUUUCAAGGCCAA